CUGAUGAUCAAAUCUGUAGAAAUGAAGAGAGAUAAAAGGGUAAUUGAUUCUGAAUGAGAUUAGUGGAAGCAAUUUUGGCUUUAGUUUGUACAGUUUUAAUUCACUUUGAUUCAAUUGGGAAAGUUUGAUAUGGUUGAUUUGGCUCAAACUGUGUAUGUCCAGAUGUUGAAUAGUGGGGUUAAACGUAGUCUAUUGACAUUUAAUACGAUGAUCAAUAUUUUUUGUAAGAAAGGGAAAGUUCGCGAAGCUGAACUGAUAAUGUGUAAGAUGUUUCAGUAUGAUAUGUCGCCUGAUGUCUUUACCUAUACAUCUUUGAUUCUUGGGCAUUGUAGAAAUGGAAAAUUGGAUUCAGCAUUUGAGGUUUUCGAUAGGAUGGUUCAAGAGGGUUGUGAUCCGAAUUCUGUUACGUAUUCAAAUUUGAUUAAUGGGUUAUGCAAUGCUGGGAGGUUGGACGAGGCCCUUGACAUGCUUCAGGAAAUGAUAGAUAAAGGAAUUGAACCAACAGUUUAUACUUAUACUGUUCCAAUUACUUCCUUGUGUGAGGAUGGACGUGUAAAUGAGGCAAUUCAGCUUGUCUCUCGCAUGAGAAAGAGGGGCUGUACCCCAAAUGUCCAGACAUUUACGGCGCUAAUCACUGGGUUAUCUCGUGCUAGGAAGUUUGAAGUAGCAAUUGGGUUGUACCACAAAAUGGUGAAGGAUGGUCUGGUUCCAAACACUAUUACAUAUAACACUCUAAUAAAUGAAUUGUGUGCAGGAGGAAGAUAUGGAACUGCUUUGAAGAUCUUUUAUUGGAUGGAGGGCCACAACGCCUCUCCAAAUGUACGAACGUACAAUGAAAUUAUAAAGGUCCUAUGUUCAAUGCAUAACAUUGAAAAAGCAAUGAUUCUCCUGAAUAAAAUGCUUAAGGAUGGUCCCUCUCCAACCAAGAUAACUUAUAACACUCUAAUUGGUGGAUAUGUUGAGACGGGCAAUCUAUGCAAUGCUAUGAGAUUAUUAGAUAUGAUGAAAGAGGGUAGAUGCAUGCCAGAUGAAUGGACUUAUUCUAAACUUAUUUCAGGAUUUUGCAAGUGGGGCAACCUGGACGCUGCAUCUAAUCUUUUCUCUGAAAUGAUAGAACAUAAUCUAAGCCCGAAUGAGGUGACCUAUACUGCUAUUAUUGAUGGUUACUGUAAAGAUGGUAAAAUUGAUAUUGCCUUGUCAUUUUUUGAGAGAAUGGAGCAACAUGGUUGUUGCCCAAAUGUUGAGACUUAUAAUGCAAUUAUACAUGGUUUGGCCAAAGACAAUCGAUUUUCUGAAGCAGAGAAAAUGUGUAGUGAAAUGGCAGAGAAGCAAUUGUUGCCUAAUGUUAUUACUUACACAUCUUUGAUUGAUGGGCUCUGCAGGAACGGUGGAACUGAUAUUGCUUUCAGGGUUUUCCAUGAGAUGGAGAAGAGAAAGUGCAUGCCGAACAUAUAUACAUAUAGUUCACUCAUUUUUGGCUUGUGUCAAGAGGGCAAGGUUGGUGAUGCUGAGAGGUUACUUGAGGAAAUGGAGAAGAAGGGAUUGGCUCCUGAUGAGGUUACAUUUACGUCACUUAUUGACGGUUUUGUUUUGCUUGUAAGGUUAGAUAACGCAUUCUUCCUUCUUCGGCGGAUGAGUGAUGCAGGUUGCAAACAAACUACAGAACUUACUGUGUAUUGUUAAAAGGGUU